AUGGCGAACACGAAUCGAACUGAAGACGAUCUUGGCAAAAAAUGGGACCGUUGUCUCUCAGACACGGGAAUAAAAAUAGUCAGUGGAUUGGGACUGGGAAUUGUUUUUUCUGUCAUCUUCUUCAAAAGACGACCUUGGCCAGUGGCAUUUGGCACUGGAAUUGGUUUAGGGAUGGGUUAUGCUAAUUGUCAAAAUGACUUCAACAGUAAUGUAUAUCCAAGGGGAUUUAAGAAAGUUCAAGCUGAUAAUGGAAGUCCUGCCAAUGAUUCAUAAUGUGCAUAGACAUUUAUAGUGAAUUUGUCAACAGUGAUGUGGAUACCAUAGGACUUGUAUGCCAUAAUAUGGUUGUAUGUGUUUUAUAGAAGUCUGGUGGCCCGCCACACCAAAUUGGGCUGUUGAGAAAACUGGCCGUCGGUAUUCGCUACGACAUGCAGAUGAAGUCAUCAUUUCCAUAGUGGACAGGAAACUUGUGGUCUUUGGUGGCAAGACCAUGACACAUCACCGUCAGUUUGGUAUCCAGUCUGGCGGAACUGCAUGUCAUCCAUGUCAUGUGUAUGCUAAAAUAAUGUUAACAUUGAUGACUCCUUUGCUGCUGUUGACAAGAAAAUGAUUGUGCUUUGUUGUUGUGUGAUAUUCAUCUGGUAAGAAUUUGUAUAAAUAUAAUUAGUUGGCAAAAUAAGUUCAA